AUGGCGGCGACUGCCCCCAGUGCGGGGGGCUCCGCGCCUGAGGCGGCGGGUUCCGACGAAGCCCCGCUACAGUACAGCCUUCUUCUGCAAUACCUGGUGGGCGACAAGCGUCAGCCCCGGCUUCUGGAGCCUAGUAGUUUGGGUGGGAUCCCGAGCCCCACCAAGAGUGAGGAACAGAAGAUGAUCGAGAAGGCAAUGGAAAGCUGCGCCUUCAAGGCAGCGCUGGCCUGCGUGGGAGGAUUUGUAUUGGGAGGUGCGUUUGGGGUGUUCACUGCCGGCAUUGAUACCAAUGUGGGCUUUGACCCUAAGGAUCCUUACCGUACGCCGACAGCGAAAGAAGUUCUUAAAGACAUGGGGCAGAGAGGGAUGUCCUACGCCAAAAAUUUUGCCAUUGUGGGCGCCAUGUUUUCUUGCACCGAGUGCUUGGUAGAAUCUUACCGGGGAAAAUCAGAUUGGAAGAAUAGUGUCAUUAGUGGCUGCAUCACUGGAGGAGCCAUUGGUUUCAGAGCGGGCUUAAAGGCCGGGGUCAUUGGUUGUGGAGGUUUUGCUGCUUUCUCUGCUGCGAUUGAUUAUUACCUACGGUGAGAGUUAUUGCCUCCAGGGAAGGACAGUACCAGCCCAAGAUUAGAGCUGUUCCGUGGAGGGCAGUUUCUGUACCACUCCGAGGCACUUGCUUCCGAGACCGAAGACCUUUGUUUUCCCUUGUGUAGUUGGUGUGGUGAGGGAGCCACCUGGCUGCUUUCUGCCCCCAGCCUCUGAGUGGCCAUACUGUCUGCUCCUGGGUUCUAGCCACGCCUAGUGGGGGAUGUGCCAUGGCAGCCUCUCUCUCUCGG